GUUAUCAGUGGCGGCAAUAACAAGCGCCGCUUCACCCACUUCCAGUAUAAAGAAGAUUAGUGCAGUUGCAUCGCCGGGUCCGUCCAUUUGUCCACGUGUGAGUGCGGGUGAUCAUGCAGUAGAUCGAUUUCAUACAAAGUGUGAGGUAAACACAAGCCCCAGAAAUCAUUUCCGACCGCAACGAUGACGGGAACAGCCGCCGUGCUCCUCACAAUCACGAUUCCCACGAAGGCGGAGGAGGAGCGCCUGAAGAAGGUCUACGUUCAGGUGGUUAACGGAGAAGUAGCCACGCCCACCGAAAGCGCCAGCAGAUCUUCGACGAUCGAGAGCCUCUCCACCAUUCGGAUCGGGGAUUCCCCGGAUAGGAAAAGCCACAAGCCACAGAAUCCCCUGCCAAGGAUCCAAAUUCAGUCGUCCCAUGAUCAGCUACUUGACCUGCCCCUGGACACGGCGCAGGAGCAGGUGCUGCGCCAGAUUCUAAAGAAAUUUCACAUACCCAAUGCCGUUUGGCUGCCCAGCCUGGAGGGAAAUGCCUAUCACAUCAGCUUUUCCAUGGACUUUGACGAGCGCUACGAGAACCUCUACGAGGCUCUGCAGGAAUGGGGCAUCGGCGAUCGGGAGGGAUCCGCCGUGUCCGUGGUCGGCUGCCUGGCCCACAGAUCCUUCAUGCAGCGCGAGGCUUCGGAGGAGCAGGGAGACCAGCCCUCUAGCACUGAGUACCUCAAUGCCCAGAAGCAGGGCAUCUGGAAUCGGUUCAUGAACUCUGUGCGAUCCCGGUUGAAUGUGGCCCAGAUAUUGAGAGAUGUUCGUCAGGAUGCGGCCAUUACCUUCGAUUUUUGUAUACUACUCGUAUCAGCAGCAGUUCUGGCGAGCUUUGGUCUGGUGGAGAACAGCACGAUUUUUCUGGCCUCCAGCAUGCUUAUUUCUCCACUGAUGGGGCCGAUAAUCGCUGCCAUUUUCGGAACUGUGAUUCAGGACCGAUCGCUUCGUCGGCUGGGCAUGCUAAACGAACUGAUCGGCAUUCUGACCGCCACCCUGGUGGGCUUCCUCUUUGGACUGGUUGUGUGCACCACGGACCACAAAUACGGAAUAGGCGAAGGACUCACGGAGGAGAUGCUUUCCCGCUGCGAUCUACACUCCCUGGUCGUUGGGGUCUUUACGGCAAUCCCAUCGGGAGCGGCGGCAGCUAUAGGAAUCCUGGGUGGCAACAUCGGCUCCCUGGUGGGCGUGGCCAUAUCCGCAUCUCUGCUGCCGCCGGCGGUUAACUCAGGUCUCCUCUGGGCCGUUGCCUGCAUCUACAAGUUCUUCGAGCACGACGACUCCCUUUACGUGGAUGUGAUCAAGACGCGACGCUACUCGGACAACCAGGCCAAGGAAUUGGCCGUGCUGGGCGGCAUCAGCAUGUGCCUGACACUAUCCAACGUCUUGUGCGUCUAUCUUAUGGGUAUCCUAGUGCUGAAGAUCAAGGAGAUCGCCCCGGUGAUUGGGCGGAAGAACAAACAGUUCUGGAAGCACGAUAUAAAGCUGGCGCGGCAUGGAAAAGUGGAGACAGAGUCCGAGAUUUUGGACGAGCUAAUGGCCAAUUUGCCCACCGAGGAUCAGCAGGCGCUGGGCUCGCUCAAUCGCCAGUUCCUGCGUCGCCUGGAUGAGGCGAGCUACCAGCACACUUGGUCGCCGCUUAGCAACCGACACAGUUUCUCAAUGCAGCCGCCUGGUGCCGGCUUCUCCACCAUUCACCGCCUGGAGCAGCUGUACGCGUCGAGAGUAGGGAGUGGUCAACCUCCAGCAGAACGACGCCAGCGCCACAGCAUUGUCAGCAGACCAUCGCAAAGGAGUCAUGAAGUCUCCAUCCAGUUGAGUCCGCCACAACCGCGUCCUCGAUUUGCCAGCAUGCCCUCGCAAGUGGGAAAGGACGAGUCAGCGAAGGAAACAGUUAUCCAAGUGCCCAGCUCCAAGCGAUUUACAGUCACGCCGGCUCGCGUGGACGAGCAGCUGCCCUAGAAUACUAUUAGAUCUUUUCGGGUUUUCACUUUCACAGAUUUUGUAUAAACUUAAAUAUUAUUAGUGUCAAUUAACUAGUUGUUAUACUCUAGCAGAGGGUAUAACAAGUCGAAUUCCUUACAAAUCUGUAAUAGUGAGCACCCGAAAUGGACUUCAUUACUUAGUUAUGUGUAUAUGUGUAAUGUGAAUCUCUGUGCAACAAAUUUCAAUAAUAACUACAAGUCUA